UGACAGUUGACGCGCCGGAAGAGAAACAUUCCGCUUCCGGUUGCAGUCCCGGUGAGCGCAAACACUGAGCGUGAUGUGAGGGCUGCAUCGUUUUGAAAUCAGAUUUAGCAGACUGCAGCAGGGACAGAGGCGGGGACUUGGUUUUCAAACACAAGGAGCCAUAAGGAAGGAAACACUGCAGAUUCCAGAAGCUGGUUGUUGAUUUUUCUCCACACUGCAGACACUGGGCAACAACAUUCAGACUGCAGUGUGACUUUACCGAGGUCGCGUCACUGCCAUCCCCCCUCGGUGGCAGCUGAAGUUAAAUAGAGGAAGGAGGAGCAGAGAUGGACCAGAACAACAGCAUACCGCCCUUCCAGGGCCUGGCCUCCCCGCAGGGUGCCAUGACCCCAGGCAUGCCAAUCUUCAGUCCCAUGAUGCCGUACGGCUCAGGCCUGACGCCCCAGCCAGUCCAAAACACCAACAGUUUGUCUAUUCUGGAGGAACAACAGCGACAGCAGCAGCAACAGCAACAGCAGGCACAGCAGGCACAGCAGGCCAACACAGCAGGACCAGGGACGUCCGGACAGACCCCUCAGCUCUUCCAUUCCCAGACUGUAGGGGGCUCCACCACCACAGCACUCCCAGGGAGCACUUCACUGUACGCAACCCCGCUGACGCCCAUGACCCCCAUCACACCCGCCACGCCAGCCUCAGAGAGCUCUGGCAUCGUGCCGCAACUACAGAACAUAGUAUCUACUGUGAACCUGGGCUGUAAGCUGGACCUCAAAACUAUCGCUCUGAGAGCCAGGAAUGCAGAGUACAACCCCAAGCGUUUUGCUGCGGUCAUCAUGAGAAUACGAGAGCCCAGGACCACUGCUCUCAUCUUCAGCUCUGGAAAGAUGGUCUGCACUGGGGCCAAGAGUGAGGAGCAGUCAAGGCUAGCUGCCAGAAAAUACGCCCGGGUCGUGCAGAAGCUGGGUUUCCCUGCCAAGUUCCUGGACUUUAAGAUUCAGAACAUGGUGGGCAGCUGUGACGUCAAGUUCCCCAUUCGGCUGGAGGGACUGGUCCUCACUCACCAACAGUUCAGCAGCUAUGAGCCUGAGCUGUUUCCAGGGCUGAUUUACAGAAUGAUCAAACCCAGAAUUGUCCUUCUCAUUUUUGUCUCUGGGAAGGUUGUACUGACAGGUGCGAAGGUGAGAGGAGAGAUCUACGAGGCAUUUGAGAACAUCUACCCCAUCCUGAAAGGUUUCCGCAAGACAACGUAGACCCACCCUCUCCCUCUCCUUUAGUCACCGCCACCAUCCUCUGUUUUUACUCUUAUUUUUGUAAGUCACGUCAGAAUUGAACCUAUACUGUGACCUCUAAAAGUGGACUGCCAUUGGGGGCUGUUAUGUAUGGAUGGGAUUAGUUGUCACCCCCCACCACACCCCAACAUGCAACUUUCAGUUAAUCUCCAAAGGAGGUCUUUUUCUUACAAUUUCUCCCCAGCUUUUUUUUUUUUUUUUUUUUUUUUAAAGCCUAUUUCUGUUGUCCGGUUUUUAUAUCCCUCGCUGUACAUAGAAGACUGGAAGGACGUGGAGUUACUCCUGCUGAUCAGAUGAAAUCCAGUAUGACUUGGACUGGCUUUGUUUCAUUUUAAGCAGUGUUUAAUGGUUUUUAUUACUAUUGUUUUUAUUAAUUGUUCCCUCACUUUGUCUCUAGACUGUUGGGGCUUUCUGCCUCAGUUCUUUUUUAUGUGUUAGAAUCCAGUUCGAGUAUUUACAUCUUAACAGACUGAUUUCUUUGGAAGACCUGGUUUCAGUUUCUGAGUUUUAUCCUCAUAAAUAAAUUAACUUGUACAUUCAUGUCAGUGGAAUCUGGUUCAUUUUAUUUUGAUUCCAUUAAAGAGUAACUAAACACCUUGA